AUGUGUUCAAAUUUUUCUGGGAAAUAUUUCAUAUUGGCGCCUAAAUUUUUCCCCAAAUCUAUUACUUCUUCACACGGUUGUCUCUCUCUUGCUGUCCCUCUGUCUCUCGCUCAGCCGCUUGUCGAGGCUCAGAUACCGUUCAAGAUCCACAUCGUGAAGGACCACGACAUGAAGGAGAGGCUGUGCUUGGAAGUCAAGAGGCUAGGGUUGAGUGCAGUGAUUAUGGGGAGCCGAGGGUUUGGUGCGAUCAAGAGAGGCAACAAUGGAAGGCUCGAGAGUGUUAGCAAUUACUGUGUUCGUCACUGUGUUUGUCCUGUGGUGGUUGUGAGGUAUCCGGAUAAGAAGGAUGGUGGUAAUGCGCCUCAAGUGUCUGUGGUGUCUGCGGCGGAGGAUGAGGACGAUACAGAGUUCCAUGAUGCCUCGGAUGAUCGCAAAGACUGAUACAUCCCUGGCUAUAGAGGCUAUAUUCAUGAAAAGAUGGGAAUUUGAUAGUAUAGAACAAGCUGCAAAAUGCAUAUCUUCAUGGUUUUCAGGAACACACCAUGAACAGCUUCUCUUGAAAGGAUAUUUGGAAUCUGCCAUAGGUAUACUUUUCUAGACUUGACUUUAGUUUAAUUUGAAGCAAGCAGCUCCUUUGGAUUAUUAAAAUCUCUAGGCACAGAUGUUUGUAUUGCUUCAAUGGGGUGUUUGUCACAAAACCUUGCAACGUCUAAAUAGACACAUGCAUAUGGUGUAUUUUUUUUUUAUGCUAUGUUCAUUAUGCAUGAGCAGUGCAUAGUGUAUUUGUGGAUCAUUUUGCAGCGGUGCAUGUUGAAGAAUCAAAUAAUAAAGUCAUCAUGUUGCUCACAAUGCAAAGAAUACAAUUUCUUCAUCAUUAUAAAAGGUAGGGAAGGCAAAGCCUUUUGUCUCGUAAUGUACCAAAGCAUAACAAAUUUCAUUUCAUCAUAGUUAAAAUCUUAAAAAAUGUCAGAGAAUAUAAAUUCCCUUUUUUUGCCUUUGCUUAAUUUUGGGAAUUUUUUGUAGACAAUCAUGAAGAAUUGAAUGUGAUGAUUGUUGACUA